AUGCUUGGAAGUGUCUUGAAAAAGUAUGGUGUUACUCAUAAAGUCUCCACAACAUACCAUCCACAAACAAAUGGACAACACGAAGUGAGUAAUCGACAAAUCAAGUGUAUUUUGGAGAAAAAUGUCAAUACAAUAAGGAAAGAUUGGAGUACCUAUAUUAAUGAUUCUUUGUGGGUGUACCACACUGCAUCCAAAACUCCAAUUAGGAUUUCUCCAUACCAUAGUGUUUUUGGAAAGCCAUGUCGAUUACACGUUGAGUUGGAGCAUAGAGCCUAUUGGGCGGUUAAGCAACUCAAUAUGGAUUUAAAUGAAUCGGGAAAGAAGAGAAAACGUGACAUACAAGAGCUUGAGGAGAUCCGCAAUGAAGCAUAUGAGAAUGAAGUUCUUUACAAAGAAAAGACAAAAGCAUACCAUUGCAAGAUGAUUUCUUGCAAGGUAUUUGAAAAAUGUCAAAAGGCAUUACUUUGCCACUCUCGUUUAAAACUAAUUUCUGGUAAAUUAAGGUCCCUUUGGGUGGGAACAUUUGUUGCCACUAAUGUUUUUGAGCAUGGUGCAAUAGAAAUCACAAUUGAAAAAACGAGGAAGAUUUUUAAGGUCAACGGGUAUCAUUUAAAGCCUUAA